AUGUUCGUUGAACAACUAAUUGAACCUUACACAGACAAAAUGAUGAAAUGGACACACUUUUUAAAAGAAAACGGGUUAGCGUUGAGAAUAGAACCAAAAUGGUUUAAAAUAGUAAGGGACCGUAUAACAAUUAAUGGUAUUUUAGAAAGGGAAUUAUGUAACGAAAUGUUAAUCAAAAGAAUGGAAUUAGACGAUACCAAGAAAGUAAGAAAUAGUGAAGACCAUUCUGAUAAAAGUAGAAAAGAAACUAAUAAAGAAAUUAUUACAUGGAAAGAUCCAAAGUCAUCCAAUAAUAUAUAUAAAAAAGACUUAGCUACGACGAUACCAGGAAGAUGGGAAAAAGAUAACGUCGACGUGAAAUAUAUCAAACCUUAUAGGAGUUUGGAAUAUAUUGAUAAAAGAAACGCGAGCGUUCAAAAUAUGUCAAAUAGUAAUAAAGAGAAACUUAUAAUCAACGACAUGAUUAUAGACAGAGAUAAAAAUAAAUUACGAGCAAAUGCAAAGUUCUGGUUAAAUAGAGUUAUUGAAGAAACGGGAAUUUAUGAAAAUUUAAAUAAUUUUAUAGAAAGGGAUUUUUUUGAUUUUACAGACAAAGAAAUUUUUUUACAGAUAGGAGCUAUUAUACAAAAAGGCCCUGAUUUAAAUCUAGACGGUUUUUUUGGAAUAGAGAUUUUUGCAAAAAAUAGUAAAGAAGAAAAGUUUAGUAUAGAAGAUUAUUUAAAUAUUUUCGAGAAACCUCCAAAUGAAGUUUUUCAACACUCUAUUUCGCAACAUUAA